UGGUGUCUGAAGAGCAUCAAAAUGACGAAGCCGUCGCCCCACGCGGACGUACGCCUGCCCGAGCGCCUCAGCUUCCCGGACCAAGAGCUUGCGACGCUUGAGCUCUGGAAGGAGCUCGACGCGUUCAUGACGUCGCUUCGACUCUCGAAGGAUCGCAAGCCGUUCACGUUCUACGAUGGGCCGCCGUUCGCGACGGGGUUGCCGCACCACGGCCACAUUUUGGCUGGUACGAUCAAGGACAUUGUGACGCGCUUUGCGCACCAGACGGGUCACUACGUCGAGCGCCGCUUCGGCUGGGAUUGCCACGGCCUCCCGAUCGAGUACGAGAUCAACAAGAAGCUCAACGUGCACACGAAGGAAGAUGUGCUCGCGAUGGGCAUCGCUGCGUACAACAACGAGUGCCGCGGCAUUGUCCAGCGCUACACGAAGGAGUGGGAGUCGACGGUGACUCGCCUCGGUCGCUGGAUCGACUGCAAAAACGACUACAAGACGAUGGAACCGUGGUUCAUGGAGUCGGUUUGGAACGUCUUCCAGACCAUGUUCAACAAGGACCUGGUCUACCGUGGCUUCAAGAUCCUUCCGUACUCGACGGCGUGCAACACGUCGCUCUCCAACUUUGAGGCCAACUCGGACUAUCGUGACACGCCCGACCCGAGCGUCGUCAUCAACUUUCCGCUUGUCACGGACGCCAACACGUAUCUCCUUAUCUGGACGACGACGCCGUGGACGCUUCCGUCCAACUUGGCUGUCUGCGUCAACCCGGAACUCGACUACGUCAAGGUCAAGGACCUCAAGUCUGGCAAGUUCUACAUCGUUGCCGAAUCGCGCCUUGUGCAGGUGUACCCGAAGCUCGAGAAGAAGGGCUAUGUCGCGGGCUCCGAGUUCGAGAAGGUUGAGAGCCUCAAGGGUGCGGCGCUCGUGGGCUUGGCGUACGUGCCACUCUUCGACACAUUUGCAUCGUGGCCGAACGCCUUCCACGUCAUCGGUGACAGCUACGUCUCGUCUGACAACGGCACGGGUCUCGUCCAUCAGUCGCCGACCUACGGUGAGGAGGAUUACCGCGUCUGCCUGGCCAAUGGCAUCGUCGACAAGAUCACGCUUCCGGACCCGCUCGAUGACAACGGCAAGUUUACGAGCCAGGUGCCGCUCGUGGCGGGCCUCCACGUCAAAGAGGCGGACGACGUGCUGUUGAAGGACCUCAAGGACCGCGGCCGUCUCGUGUCCAAGUCGACGUUUGUGCAUAGCUACCCGUUCUGCUACCGCAGUGGCACGCCACUCAUCUACCGUGCCGUGCCGGGCUGGUUCAUCAACGUCGAGAAGAUCAAGGACAAGAUCAUCGCCAACAACCAAAAGACGUACUGGGUGCCGGCCUUUGUGAAGGAGAAGCGCUUUCAUAACUGGCUCGUGGACGGCAAGGACUGGAACGUGUCGCGCAACCGGUUCUGGGGCACACCACUUCCGCUCUGGGUCUCGGACGACUUUGAGGAGGUUGUCUGCAUCGGCUCCAUCGAGGAGCUCAAGCAAAAGUCGGGCGUCCAAGACAUCACGGACCUCCACCGCGAGUUCAUUGACGAGAUCACGAUCCCGUCGUCGAUGGGCAAGGGCGUUCUUCGCCGUGUCACGGAGGUCUUUGACUGCUGGUUCGAGUCGGGCUCAAUGCCGUACGCGCAGCAACAUUACCCGUUUGAGAACAAGGAGAAGUUCAUGAAGGGCUUCCCGGCGGACUUUAUCGCCGAAGGCCUCGACCAGACGCGUGGCUGGUUCUACACGCUCAUGGUCAUUGGUACGGCGCUAUUUGACCAGCCGCCGUUCAAGAACCUCAUCGUCAACGGCCUCGUUCUCGCGGAAGAUGGCCGUAAGAUGUCCAAGUCCCUUCGCAACUACCCGGACCCGAACGACAUCUUGUCGAAGUACGGCGCCGACGCUCUUCGUCUCUACUUGAUCAACUCGCCGGUGGUGCGUGCCGAACCCCUUCGCUUCCAGGAGGCCGGUGUCAUGGGCAUCAUCCGUGAUGUCUUCCUUCCGUGGUACAACGCUGCUCGUUUCUUCGUGCAGCAAGUGGCGCGCCUCGAGGAAGCCUCGGGCGAGACAUUCGUGCCGACGUCGCUCGCGGACGACAGCGUCGUCUUGAGUAACACGAUGGACGCUUGGAUCGUCGCGGCGCUGCAUUCGCUCGUGCAGUUUGUCAAGACCGAGAUGGCAGCGUACCGCCUGUACACGGUCGUGCCGCGCCUCAUCGAGUUUGUCGACCAGCUCACCAAGUGGCACGUGCGCCUCAACCGCAACCGCCUCAAGGGUGCGGAAGGCCAUGAGGCCGCGCAUAUUGCGCUUUCCGCGCUCUUCGACGUGCUCUACACGCUCUGCAAGCUCAUGGCGCCUUUCACGCCCUUCUUCACGGAGUACAUGUACCAGUUCCUCAAGCUCUACCACCCGGUUGCGCACAUGGCCAAGACGACGACGACUCCCGUCGAGGACGCGGACGGUGUUGCCAAGAGCGUGCAUUACCUCAUGAUCCCGGACUUUGACCCGAAGCGCCUCAACGCAGAAGCCGAGGCGCGCAUGGCUAAGCUCCAGCAGGUCAUCGAGAUGGGUCGCGUUGUACGCGAGCGUCGCGCCAUCUCGCUCAAGAACCCAGUCAAGAGCGUGAUCGUUGUCACGUCGGACGCGUCGGUCCGCACCUCGCUCGAGUCGGUCAAGUCGUACAUCCACGACGAGCUCAACAUGCGCGAUCUCGUCUUUGCCGCCGAUGAGAAGGAGUGGUGCAGUCUCAAGGUUGAGGUCAACAACAAGGUGGUCGGGAAGCGCCUCGGGAAGCAGCUCGGUGCCGUCAAGAAGAUCGUCGAGGCGCUCUCGCACGACGAUGCCCUCUCGUACCAGCGCACGCAGCGGAUCACGCUCACCAACGGUGUCGAGCUCUCGGGCGAUGACCUCUUUGUCAAGCGCGAAUUCAAGGGCGACAAGAAGAUCUACGAGGCCGAUGUCUCGGUUGAUGGCGCGCUCAUGGUCGUCAUCGAUGUGCGUGAGGACGACCUUCUCAAGUCGCAGGGCGUCGCUCGCGAGUUUGUGAACCGCGUUCAGAAGAUGCGCAAGAAGGCUGGUCUUGUCGUCGCUGAUAAGAUUCACGUGUACUUCAAGGAGUCGGCGGCUUCGACUGUCAUCACGAAGGCCAUUGAGACAUUCGUCGGCUCGGUCGCAGGCACGCUCGGCACGACGCCGGCCCCUGGGGCGCUGCAGCCGUCCGAGGCUGUCGUGAUUGUCUCGGAGGUCUGCGAGUUUGCCAACUCGAGCGUUGAAAUUGUCGUUGUUCGCCCUGCCGUGCUCUUUGCGACGCCGGACGCCACCAGCUCGGCCCAGGUCUUUGUCGCCACGAUGGACUAUGCCAAGGCGCGGGAUGCACUCGUGGGCGCUGGCCACUUGAACGUUGCUGUUCCCGCGCCGGCGACGCUCACGUUGAACAAAGACGUCUUCUUGGACGCCAAGGACAAGGUUGCGUACACGGAAAGUCUUCGCGCGUCCCUCGGCUGGAUGCUCACCAAGUAGACGCAUUCAUACUUGCAUACAUAACGACAAAAAUUGUGUGAAAUCCUA